AAGCGACAGAGCAAGUUACUCUGAUUUGAAAGGAUUUGAAGAGAAAAAUAAAAUGGCAGAGGUUUAAAGUUAAUAUUCAGGAUGAAUGAUGAUAAUUCAGAUAGGGCAGAAGAUAAAUUGUGUUAUGAAUUUAUCAGUGAUAAAAACCCAAAUACCUCUGAAUACAACGAACCACCACCAUGUACACAGUGCCCUUCAGCUAGUCACGGGGAUUGGAGCUCUGCCAAUGCAGAGGAUAUGGUGGUCGACUAUGAAAUGCAUCCUGCUGUGGACAGCACUGAAAGUGUCUUUUUAAGCCAUCAGUGUGCUGAAGCGCUUGCUUACCCAGAGCCUUCAAGUAAUUUCAUUGGUAAGCCUGAGUCUGCAAUGCAUAGCGACCCUACCUGCCAGUCGUCUGCACUAGGGAACACGGAGUCGCUCCCGUUGGACCUGUACAGUAACUUAGCUUCCCUGGAGGCACUCCAGGAUGAGAUGUUUGAGCCCUCUCUGCCCUGUGUGCACAAGUCGGAUGAUGACUUCCAUUGUGCAGACUCCCCCUCAGCUCUGGAGCUAAAUCAAACAUUUGACCUGAAAUCGGACCCAGUUAACUGCACCUGUAUAGUGCACCAUGCUAUUGAGCAGGGUCAGCCUUUACGUGCUCCUGGAGGUCUACAGCCAAUGAGUGUGAGAGAUGGAAAGACAUUGUUCGCCUGCUCCACUUGGACAUCCCCUCAUUCCUCUAAGAUCUAUGUGGCAGGGACUACUUAUAACAGUGAGGGCUUUGAAAAUCCUCAAACCACAUCAGCAGAGACCCUGAGCACAACCUACACAGUGUGUUCUGACGUGCUGAUGCAAACCGACAGUCCAGUCACUGGAAUUCAGUGUCAGUGUUCUGUAGGAAAUCUCACCAAAGAGUACACAGACAGCACAGAGCAAGAGCUUGUUGGCGAGAAAGAGAUACAAGCUGUGACACCAGUUUCUGAUGGCAUGGAGGUCCCCAAUGGCUCUGUAUCACAGGAGUUCUAUUGUGUAUCUGAGGAGGAACCAAACAGUGAAACACAUUUACCCGGCUCAUAUGGUCCACAGGAAACGGGCCAAAAUCUAGGAGAAACACUGUCCAACUGUCCAGUUGAUGAUGAAUGCCCAUCACUGGUGCCAGCUUUUGAUAAGAGUAAGAGUAAAACCAGAGUCCUGACCUCUGAGUGUAAAGUCACUGAGACGGAAGACCCACACGUUGCUUCUCAGGACAGCAACUCAGAAAUCCAAAGCACUACCGAAGAGCUGACCCCGAGAAGCAUGCCAGGGCAGAGGGUCUCAUCGUAUGAAAUGGCUUGGCAUGAAAACUGUCGAGCCACUAGCGGAGACAAUACAGCUUGCAUGUCAACACCGGUUCUGCAAGCCCCCAACGUAAGCUUUACGCUCUCGCCUGUUGAAGCGACAGAGAAGUGCAAUAAUGUGGAGACCGGUCCAAGAGAUGCUAAAAUCAGACCAAACUUGAAAGAAGCACCAACAAAUAUGUCAAAACCUAAUCUGGGAAAGUCAGCUACCAAAACAAAUACCACCAUAAGCAGUAAAGUGAGGAAAACAGAAAUUAUAAGUUAUCCAAGACCAAACUUCAAAAAUGUUAAAGCCAAAGUUAUAUCCAGGUCAGUGUUACAGCCCAAGGAUGCUUCCCUAACAAAGGGCACAGCCAACCCUCAGGCUCCUGGGGGCGUCUCCCCUUCAGCAGUGCCUUCUAAACAGUUGGCAGUGAUGAACAAAACACCGAGGUCUGACUUGAAAGCAGACAAAAAAGCAGAAAUCCUAAUUAGCAAGACACAUAAGCAACAGUUUAACAAACUCAUUACCAGCCAGGAUGUGCAUGUUUCAACUCAUUCUAAAACCGCUUCGCUCAGGGUUCCAAGAACAACAUCUGCCGCGAAAUCUAAUCAGGAGGACGUUGAGAAGACGGGCUCUCCUCGCGCAGCGAGUGAGCCUCCUGGGUCCGUAGCUGCCUUUUUCCAGAAGAUCAAAGGCAUUCUCCCGGUUAAGAUGAAAAGUUCAGAGUGUUUGGAAGUAACCUAUGUUUCCCACAUGGAUCAGAUUAGCCCUGAAAAGGGUGAAAAGGACAGUGGGGCUCCGGUGGAAAAGCAAGCCAUGAAUGAGACUUUUGAAUCCAAGUCUCUGUUUAUGGGUUCUGCACCCAAAACAUCUCCAGCCCCCGGAAGGAGCAGUUCCAAGCUAGACUCCUGCAGCCUGAGGAAAACACCAGGUCUGAAAGCCAAAGUGGGGCCUGCUGUUUCCUGCCUGAGGAGGAAGAGUGACAGCAGAGCCCUAGGCUCCGACAGGGCCCUGUCGCCUCAGAGGAUCAGGCGUGUGUCCAGCUCUGCUGGUAAUGCUGCCAUCAUCAAGUAUGAAGAGAAGCCUCCCAAACAAACAUUUCAGAAUGGGUCAGGAUCCUUAUAUCUGAAGCCUUUGGUGCCCAGGGCUCACGCACACUUGCUCAAAACUUCUCCAAAAGGUCCUUCAAGAAAGAGUCUAUUUUCAGCUUUUAAUUCAGGUCGAUACAUAGAGCAAUGCCAUGGAAGAGCCCAGAAAGGAACCCAUGGGCACACAGUCCAUUGCCCAAACCACCGAGUAGAAGAACCAUCAUCUCUUCAACAGACAGUGAAGUUGAACCUUCAUCUUACCUCACAAACAGAAAACAACUCAAAUUACAUUGAAAAGGGCAGGCAGAAGAAUCCCAGAAGCCUGUGCAUCCAGACCCAGACAGCUCCAGAUGUGCUGUCCUCCGAAAGAACCCUUGAGUUGGCUCAAUACAAAACAAGAUGUGAAAACCAAAGUGGGUUCAUCCUGCACCUCAAGCAGCUUCUUUCCUGUGGCAAUACCAGGUUUGAAGCACUCACGGUUGUGAUCCAGCAUCUCCUGUCUGAGCGGGAGGAAGCAUUGAAGCAACACAAAACCCUCUCUCAAGAGCUUGUCAACCUCCGGGGAGAGCUAGUUGCUGCUUCGAGCACCUGUGAGAAGCUAGAAAAGGCUAGGAAUGACUUACAAACAGCGUAUGAAGGAUUUGUCCAGAAACUAAACCAGCAACAUCAGACAGACCGGACGGAGCUGGAGAACCGGCUGAAGGAAUUCUACACUGCGGAGUGUGAGAAGCUUCAGAACAUUUACAUCGAGGAGGCAGAAAAGUAUAAAACUCAACUGCAAGAGCAGUUUGACAACCUAAAUGCGGCCCAUGAAACCACUAAGCUGGAGAUCGAAGCUAGCCACUCAGAGAAAGUAGAAUUGCUGAAGAAGACCUAUGAAACCUCCCUUUCAGAAAUCAAGAAAAGCCAUGAAAUGGAAAAGAAGUCACUGGAGAACCUCCUUAAUGAAAAGCAAGAAUCGCUAGAGAAACAAAUCAACGAUCUGAAGAGUGAAAACGAUGCUCUAAAUGAAAAGUUGAGAUCCGAGGAACAAAAGCGAAUCUCAAGAGAGAAGGCGAAUUCGAAAAACCCUCAGGUCAUGUAUCUGGAGCAAGAGCUAGAAAGCCUGAAAGCGGUGUUGGAGAUCAAGAACGAGAAGCUGCAUCAGCAGGACAUGAAGCUGAUGAAGAUGGAAAAGCUGGUGGACAACAACACGGCAUUGGUUGACAAGCUGAAGCGAUUCCAGCAGGAAAACGAGGAAUUAAAAGCUCGAAUGGACAAACACAUGGCGAUUUCAAGGCAACUUUCCACUGAGCAGGCAGCCCUACAGGAGUCCCUGGAAAAGGAGUCAAAGGUCAACAAGAGACUGUCCAUGGAGAACGAGGAGCUGCUGUGGAAGUUGCACAACGGGGACCUGUGCAGCCCCAAGAGAUCCCCGACGUCUUCAGCCAUCCCUUUCCAGUCCCCCAGGAACUCUGGUUCCUUCUCCAGCCCCAGCAUCUCACCCAGAUGACGCUUUCCGAACACGGGAGAUAGAGACUCUCUGAAGGCUCCUCCGUGCGGCUCUGCGGGACUGACCCUCCCGUGGGAAGGAGAGCUGUGUUAGCUCCCUGGAAUUUCCACAGGGUAACUGGAGAGCAGCCACCACUGAACUGCAUCAGCCAUUUACGAGACGGAAGCUCCGGAGGAAGACUUUUACCUUGGUCCAAAAGCCUCCUCCAAAUACAGAUUUUUGGAAUUGAUGUGGACGUAGUUGCACAAAGCACUUACGGAGCGAGGGGAUCUUGUUCUUUGCCUUCCUUCACCUAAGCAUAGGGGGAAACUCUCAGGGGCCUAUUACGAUAAAGACUUAGAACCUUUAUAA